AUAAAACUACUCAUUCGUCAACCAUUUCACUUUUAGGGAAAAAGUAUCUAUUUCUACCCUAACGCACACCGAAAAUCUGUAACGAGUCCUGUAAUGGCACUGCUGCUGCUGCUUCUGUUGCUGCAGUCGAUGGCUUUAGCGCUCGAGAGACCUGCGGCCGAUGUCACGUCUCGUAAGUUGCUGACGGAUCGCUCCUGGUUCAGCCAAGUAGCGAAAGUUCCUCGUCGAGUGGGCGAUGACGCCAUGGCAUGCGUGGCCGUGAGUGACCCGCUGCAUCCAGGUUUGACAGUCAAGGGCUACGAAUUGGUGGAGCGUUCGGGGCUGCUGGGUGUGUGCAAGCACCAACAAACGCAUCAGACGCAGUGGCCCAUGCAGACCCGAGACAAGAUGGAGAUUGUGCAGUGGAGCACGUCGCCAAGCGAUGGAGACUCCGAGCACACGCACUCGGCUCCUGUAUGUCCGCUGCCUGGCGCUGCUUCGGCCUCUCAGCGUUUCCCAGUUCCACCGCUGCCUCCACCACAAUCUGCAGAAACUCGUGGGUACCCAAGUAACAGUCCCGAAGGUCCCGUGCUCGAGUAUCAAUACGUGACAGAGGAGGUGGAACGGAUAUACGUGAACGCUCACUAUCGCCUCAAGAAAAGAUUCGACGCUGGAUCCCAUGGUGAAGUAUGGAGAGCGACAAGGAGGCAUAGAGACAGAGAAGAGCAUUUCGUACUCAAGAGACUAUUCCUCGAGUUAGGACAGAGCAUGGCGCAGAUGGGUCUGCGUGAAGCCCAUUUUGGAGCACUGCUGAAAGACGAGCGCCAUGUCACUCGGUUUGUGGAGUAUUUCUUCCGACCGGCUAAAGUGGUGGAGAGUGAGGAAGAUCCUCAACAUCCUCGAACAACACCCGAGCUUUGGCUCGUUUUCUACGACGAAGGGAAGUCGCUACGGCAAUAUCUGUAUGAGAAGCUGGAGGUGGUCUACGGUCCAGACGGACACAGUAACAGCGGAGCUGGCGUUGUGCUGCAACCAUCGCGCUUUUGGGAGAAACUCCGCACUGAUUCCCGGGGCGAAAACGUCCUGAGAGAGAUCAUGCGUCAACUGCUUCAAGGUGUAGCCGCCCUGCACGCACGUGGCAUCACACACCGCGACAUCAAGCCGUCGAAUAUAUUGGUGUCCAUUCCACCUCCUUCAUCAGCCUCUGCAGUGCCACCAAUGCCGCUUGUGAAGUUGGCAGACUUUGGCUCUGCUGUAGAUGACUACACGCUCCAGAACUUGUAUGCAACUGGUGAUGCAUCGAGGGAGUCUGCCGGACCUUCCCAAGCUGAAGAAACCCGCGAGUACCAGCCUCCAGAAGUACUUUUCAGUGACAGCGGCCAGCCAUACGAUUACACAAACCCCGAGGCUUAUGAUCUCUGGUCUGUAGGUGUCGUCUUCUUGGAGAUGGUGUUGGGCUCUCCGCAAGUGUUUUUGAUCUCACCUCGCGAAAGAGCCAAGCUGGACGUGGUGCUGGGUGCCCAGCAACGUCGUCAGCGACAUAAUAUACAUAUCAGACGCACGAGCAAGGAGGAUGCAGAGUCUGGAUGGCGUACGAAGGCCUACUUGCUGCAUGUGCUUACUCAAGAAUUCUGCAUCUUCCAGCCAGGAUCACGACAAUUACGCUCGUUGUGGGAUAAGUACGCGCUAGUGAGUGAGAGCUGUCACUUUGGACGGUUUAAUCAAACCGUUGUAGAGCGAGACCCGUUAAAGCGUGGACUUGAGGACUCAUGGGGGCUAGAUUUGAUAUGGCGUCUUCUUCAAUGGCAUCCAUCGCAGCGUAUCACAGCCAAAGAGGCUCUACAACAUGCGUACUUUAAAGGAGCAUACAUUUGCAAGGAGUCUGGUCGUCGAUUCGCGUCGAAGCAGGAGCUAGUGCUACAUGAGCGCUAUCUCAAGGCGCAACGAGCCAGGGAAAGCAUGUUCGCUUCCGUUGUUCGUGCCAUGUACGAGCUCCCAGAUCGCUUCGUGUGUCCAUAUUGUGGUCGAGUGUUUUCCACUGCACAGAGCUGCGAACAACACGUUCAUGCACGUCGACACGAUAUAAACUCGAGCUUUUGUGAAUUUGAAGCUCCUCGAAUCUCCGCCGCGAUCCGAACAGAGUCAGAGCCUUUGUCAAUUCGCCAGCCACAACAUCCUGCAGUGGGUAUCGCACUGUUUCAAGGCCGAAAGAAGUACAUGGAGGACUUUGUUUUGGUUCUCACCGAGCAGCAACUGAACCAAAAAUGCGUAACUCGACGAAAUGGUGCCGAGACUCUAGGAUUUGACCUUUGUGCCGUAGUGGAUGGCCAUCUAGGCUCCGCAGCGGCUGCUUUCGUUGUGGAGAAUUUGCCUCGUGUGUUGUGCCGACACUUUGAAAUCCCCAAGACACACGAGGAUUCAACUCGAGUUGAAACAGUCAACACAUCUGCUGAGCGCGAACUUGCAGAAAAGUUUGCCCUGCGUCAGACCUUCCUGGAGCUGCAUGAAGGUUUCCUCCAUUCUCUAGAUGAAAUAACAAGCGAUGACAAGCUGGAACCAGUAAGCACUGGCAAAUACGCCAACAGCACAGCAGCAGCGGGCGAGUAUUUCUCGGGGUGCACUUUGACCGUGGUGCUACACUUUCGUUCGGAGCAGCGGAUUAUUAGUGCGAAUGUAGGCGACUCCCGUGCGUUAGCUUGGUUACCUGGUGCAGUGGAGCAGCGGAAUGAUAAGCGUCGAGAUGCAAUCGCCGGUGAGAUAUUGCCUCUGAGUAUGGAUCACCAUCCUAACGACCCCGACGAGCGUUCGCGAAUCGAGUCAAGCGGUGGAUUCGUGAACUUUUCCGGUCUUUGGCGAGUGGUUGGACAGCUUGCAGUCUCUCGUAGUUUGGGUGACCGUCAUUUGCGGAAGUUUGUGACAGCGGAGCCAUCGGUCUUCCAUCAACAACUUGGCCAGCGCUCUUCCGGUGGACUUCUGGUGGUCGCUAGUGACGGACUGUGGGAAACUAUGAGCAAUGACGGCGUUGUGCGAUUUCUCGCUGAAAAGCGUGUACGUGGAGGCGAAACUCAUCACUCUUUGGAUGAUCUAGCGACCAGUCUACUUACGGAGGGAUAUGUCCGUGGAAGUCUUGAUAACAUGGCGGUUAUACUCGUUGCACUGCAUUAGUCGAUCAUAGACAGCUAAAAAAGCAGGCAUUUUUUUUUAUUCGGGUGAUUCUAUUCCGAUGUUUUCUGCCUAAUUCUAAGAGAAAGCGAACGUUUUACUUGGCAUCACCAAAGCGCUGAGCCUGCUGGCCGUACUGGAAAAGCACCUUGAUAACCCGGUCAAUUGAAGGCACGAGCACAUCGGCAUCCUCCGCCAGAUCGUCAAGCGAGGACGCACCUCCGAGCACGCCGAUGGACAGACCGCAACCUGCGUUCUUGCCCAGCAGCAUGUCCGUGGACGUGUCGCCUACCAUGAUGGUGUUAUGCGGCUCCACGUUGAGCUGCUGGCAGAUAGUCCAAAUCUGCUCGCCUGCGGGCUUGGCUGGCAGUCCGUCGUCUCCGCAAGCCAGAGCGUCCACCAUGUCCGAGACACCCAGGUGCUCGAGCGUGUCGAUCGUGGGCUGACGGUCGUCCGUGGUGCAGACGGCGAUCUUCAUGUCCAUCUUCUUAAUAGUGCGGAAGAGCGCGGGGAUGUUGGCAAGAGGACGGCUAGUAAGCACGGGAUCAGGCAUACUCCAGCACUUCGUAAUGACCUCAUCGGCCUGGGAUUGGUUCAUUCCCUCAGCUACCAGUACGCGCACCGCGAGCUUGUAGAGCUCGCCCAUGGGCGUGCAACACAGCGCCCCCUUGGACUUGAUAGAGCGGCUGAUCCAAUCGUAUCCCAUGGCAGCAAAGAGCUUUUCACGCACAGGAAGGCCGGUGGUCAUCUCGACCUUCCAGGCCUGAGAUUCAACCCAGCCGCCCCACAUGAGCGUGAAGUCGAUGAGCGUACCGUCCUUAUCAAAAACCACGAGCCCGGGACUGCAGCGAGGACCACGCGUGGAUUCAGCCUGCGCAAUUGCAGCGGCGCUCUCGGCUGCUGUGCUUUUACGACGCUGACCCAGGAUCGGAGUGGAGGAGGCGGUUGCAGAAGGAGCCGAGGACACUAGGCCGUGCAACUGGCGAGCUUUGCCGACUGAAGACAUGGCGGGGCGGAGACGACGCAGCGUGAAGCUCAUGGUGAUUUUUGGGGUAAAUAAUAGCUUGCGGAGGGAGGAAGCAGGAAUGGCAGGCCGCAAUGCAACGGACGAGCUGUGCAGAUCAUGUAGCAGUUGACGUUGCCCAGCUAUUUUGGUGCGCGAUUGACAUAUUGUCUUGAUUUCAGUAAGCUGGCCUCAUCAAAUGACAGUUGGCGUGUUGUACCGUCCGGGGCAAAUGUCUCCUUUUGAAAGGCAUAUCGACGAGAUUGGGGCAGUUCUACCCGGAUGGACACCACGUAUGAUGUGCGACAUGUGGUACACGCCAAUCACUUUUUCAAGGAUGCGGGGGCAUACAAAUACCAAUAUAGUUCUGAAUUAUUGGCUUCUGGA